AUGGAAAUCCCUCGACAAACUCUACGGCCGUACAAGAACACCACCCGCACUGGCAUCCACGCCGCGCACUUCAUCCGGCUCCAGUUCCGCACCGCAGUGCAACGCGCCACCCAAGCCAUGCUGCCGUCCCUGGUCACUGACCAUGCCCAUUGCCCCCCAGGAGACUUGGACACGUUGACGUACGACACCGUCGUCAACAUCGCGGGCCACGUGCUCAGCCUCUCCAGUCUGCAGCAAGCGGAUAUCCUUCCAAAGCGAACCGUCGAGCUCCAACACAAUGACUACUGCGUGCCGGUGACCUUACUCGGGCCUAUGGCGAAGCUUCAGUGGGACAUUGGCCAAUUGGUGGUGCUUUACGGGUGUGUCAAACGACACUACCAAGGGCUUACGAACCUCGAGACCACCCGCUUGGCUUGGCGCUGCGUCAAUCCACCCUGGCUCAAUUUGACCCCGCCUACCAAAGACAACGCCGCCGCCAGUCCCGCCCGCAAAGCUUUGCGUCGCGAAAACCUAGCCCCGGUGACGGUCGCCGCCCUUCUCGCGACCGAUCCUUCCGACGCAUCCGUGAAGGCCGUUGCUGCGCAGCCUGCUGCGGUCACAGAAAAACUCUUCGAAGAAACCCUCUGGGUCGCUGCCGACCGCAUGAGGUUGCCACUGACCUUGCACGACUCCUCUGGCGAGGUGUCCACCAUGUUCACCCAGUGCAACACGGAAGAUGGACAGGCAACCUUCCUUGCAGCCAUAAACACAGCCAUCGCCGGAGAGGCCCGCUGGGUGCUCCGCCCAAAGAUCUGGCACCGCGAUAACGGCUCCCAAGAAAUGCAAUGGCACGUCGUCUCCACCGAGCCGCUCAACCAUGCCUUCGCUGCCCCGCCAUCUGAUCCCUUGGGUCCCACCGCACCAGCUACGAUCCCCGCCGCAGCGACGCAACACGAGGACGAGGCAUUGACUGAAGGCUAG